UUUCAAAAUAUUUUUAUAAUUACGAUCUAUUUUAUUCUGAAACUAUAUCGUUUACACUCUUAUGUAAAUUCCAGAUCGCAUUUUAACUUAGGAGAAGAUUAACUAACUAGAAUAAUGAAUAUCCAGAUGUACAUUCCAAGGAUUUAUAGAUUACUAGGGUCCAGUUUUAGAAAUACAAAACCCGUCGGGUAUUCGGUAAGACUACAACAUAGCAAGGAUGAUCUCAAAGACCAUAAGGCAAAAAUUAUGGCUCGUGGUCUUCCAGAGAAGAAACCGCUGCCGGGCGUCAAGAGUAUCAUAUUAGUUGCCUCGGGCAAAGGAGGCGUUGGGAAAACAACUACAGCUGUAAAUUUGGCGUGUGCAAUGAAGGUUAUAGAGCCUGAUAAGGAAAUAGGCCUGCUAGAUGCUGAUGUGUUUGGUCCUUCAGUACCACUGAUGAUGAACAUUAGUGGAGAGCCAAUGCUAAAUGAUCAAAAUUUAAUUGAACCUCUCUUGAAUUACGGUGUAAAAUGUAUGUCCAUGGGAUUACUCGUAUCUGGUGAGAAUGCUGUUGUAUGGAGAGGACUGAUGGUGAUGCAGGCUCUGGACCGACUCACGAGGCACGUUGCCUGGGGGCCUCUGGACUGCCUCAUAGUGGAUACACCGCCCGGAACUGGUGACACACAUUUGUCUCUUGCACAAAAUCUACCUAUCGAUGGUGCACUGGUAGUCACCACCCCGCAGUCUGCAGCUCUCCAAGUUACCAAACGUGGCGUGAAUAUGUUUGAAAAACUCAAAGUUCCUAUUAUAGGCAUGGUAGAAAACAUGUCCCAUGCAAUAUGCCACAAAUGCGGUACUAAGAAUUACAUAUUCGGCAACGAAACCAAACAAACGGCCGAUGACAUGGGACUAGAGAUAAUCGAGAGUUUCGAGGUCGACUCUAACAUGUCUGAAUGUAUAAACAGCGGCAAACCGGCAAUAUAUGCUCUGCCUGACAGUAUCCACGCAGAAAAGUACAGGCAGCUAGCUAAUAAAGUGUUUAAAUAUAUAUCAAACAAAGAAAAAGAGGCUGAAUUUACACAGUAAAUUUUUAAAAUGAUAACUAAUAUUGCCUAUAUGUCCUAAAGCUCAAAGGGGCACAUGCCAGAGUUAUUGUGAUAUAUAGCGAUGACUCCAAGCGGCUCUAACACUCACAAGUCACAUGUAAAAAUGUAGAAAAUAUUAUUAAAGAAAUCGAUCUGUAUCAAUUUCUCUGAUGGUAUCUGUAAAGCAUUGACUGCACUGCUGCUUUCGACGAAAAUUUAUGAGGGUGAAGAACACCUUUUUUAAGUCUGGUUAAUGGUUUGCUUAUUAUGCUGGUACGCCCUAAACAUGGUAUAGUGAGGCAUAAAUCUCAAAGUCAUUGUCUUUAAAUAUUUUUAACAAUAAAUAUGAUGCAUUUGCUAAAUUAUAAACAUUGACUGAAACCUGCCUAAGCAAAACACUAAUUUAAGAUUUGACUGUAUGAAGAUCAUCGUACUGUAGAGUCUGAAUAAUGAUAUUACCAUACACCAUGCAAUUAAAUUUAAUUUUGAAUAUUUUAAUUAUACCUAGUCUACUGUUGUGUUAGUUGUAAAUAUACAUAACUGUGUUAUACAGACUAAAGAGUAGCUAUUGAUUUAGAAUUAUACAAA